AAAAAUAGCCCACAUGUUACAUGUAUAACAACAUUCGGGUUCUUUUUCCCCUUAAACCCCUCUCUCUCUCUUCCUCCGUCGCUCCUAAGGUUUUAGAUCUUGCACCGCCGCACCAGAACCACCGUUCGCCGCACCAGAACCACCGCUUGUCUCACCGGAAUCUCUACUCGUCGCACGGAGCUAAAAAUGAAGCUUUAUCGGGUAGCAAUAAGGUCUGCGAGUAAUGUAUUCUAUCAUCAUCAUCAAUUGGAUCGGUCCAUUUUUGUCAGGAACUUCUCCACCAACUUAAAUUCUGUAGGUCAUGACGAGAACAAGAAUGCCAAUUUAUCUGAGUCUGCUGAUGACUUCUCAAGUCGCAUAUUUGGCAAUUUCUCUGAUGAUAGUUCCAAUACUUUGUUCCGAAGGUUUGACAAUUUGAAGAAGGCUCAGUAUGGACCGGGCCAGUUAGGAUAUGAUGAUCCUUUCAGUACAUUGACGGAUGGGAUGGAAUGGAAAUUGAAGGAGGCAGCUAAGUACUUUGAGCUGAACCCAAAUGAGGUUAUGCAAGAAGAUUAUACCUAUAGAACAGACAUGAACUUCAAGAGUGGUAUGACGUAUACCCCUGAGGAUCUAGAUCUUAGAAAACCAGGAGUUUGGAAGCCUAGCAAACGAGGCGAGUUUCAAGUAACUACAGAGGAGGUUCUCAAGAGAGCAGAUUUCCGGAAUGUGAGAUUCCUUGCUAACUUUCUGACAGAUGCUGGAAUACUCAAUAAGAGGAGCAAGACUGGAAUUAGUGCUAAAGCCCAAAGGAAAGUUGCUAGGGAGAUCAAGACAGCCCGAGCUUUUGGAUUGUUGCCUUUCACCACGAUGGGGACAAAACAAUUUGCAUUUGGUAUAACGAUGGAAGAUCGUGAUGAGGAUUUCCAGUCAGACGGGUACAGGAACCGAGUUGAUGAUGAUGUUCAGGAUCCUAUCUCCCAAACUGUCUAGCUUCCUAGUAAGGGAUGAUGCUUUAUAUGGCCAAUAGUGAUGCAUCAAUACUUGUUUUGCUUUUGAUUCUUUCUGUAUGGAUUACUUGCAUCGUCACUUGUGGUUCGAGAUCCUUCUGUAGAAAUUUUUUGUUACAUGUUUAAAUAAUGAAGAUAACCUGAAAUUGAUUGUCAAUGAA